GUCCCAAAGAAAAACACAAUCAGUCCCUCUGUACAUGGGUGGCCACAUCAAGGACAGUUAUGGAGCAUUAAACCAAGGUGUUGAGCAAAUGCAAGCAAGACACAGUCAUAGGGAGUACGGACUUAGCUGACUGCCAGGGUGGGAAUGCACGAUUAUGGGAGAUCAGGAGACUGAAGUGAGCAGCUUCCUGUGACCGAAUAUCCUGCUUAUUUCCUGCAAGACACUUGACAGCUCACUGAGGAGGCAUGGAGGACCAGGGGGGUGCUGGGUUUGUGGGUUUGUUGGCACCCAGCCCACAGAGUGUAGCUGUAACCCAUGAGAUGGGAGAACUGUCCCUUCACCCCAGCCAGAAGCUGCCUCCGCUCAAUGAGCGCAAGAACGUUCUCCAGCUAAGGUUGCAGCAGAGACGUACCCGUGAGCAGCUUGUUGAUCAGGGCAUCAUGCCAUCCCUCAAGAGCCCAGCAGCAUUCCACGAACAGAUCCGCAGUCUUGAGAGAGCCAGGACUGAAAAUUUCCUAAAGCACAAGAUACGCAGCCGUCCCGAAAGGGCUGAGUUGGUCCGCAUGCACAUCUUACAAGAAACGGCAGCAGUGCCCUCAUUGCAGGCCACCCAGCUGAGGCUGAAGAGAGCUCGAUUGGCCGAUGACCUGAAUGAGAAGAUCGCUCAACGGCCUGGCCCCAUGGAGCUGGUGGAAAAGAACAUCUUGCCUGUGGACUCCAGUGUCAAAGAGGCCAUCAUUGAUGGUCAGAUGCAAUACCCCAAAACUCUAGAGGACAACCCAAUAGAUGAGGACAGUGGUGAUGCACUCUCCCCUGAUCAGCCAGGCAGUCAGGAGUCUCAAGGAUCUGCAGCCUCACCUGGAGAGGCACGGACAAUAGAGGAGACCUCACCACUGCCCAAUAUCUUGUUACAGCAGCGUCCUCCAGUCAUCACCACUUCAAGAGAUUUCCUCAAGCCUUUUUCCACCAGUGAGCAAUUAGUUAGCCCUCGAGCACCCAUGAUACAGCCAGUCAUAACUGUGGCCCCUUUUAAGUCUGGACACACCCAUGUAAAGAGUCAGCCUAAGUUACAUGGAGACAAGAGUCGCAGCAAGAAGUGCAAGGAGGCAAAGCCACGUGUUAAAAAGUUGAAAUAUCAUCAGUACAUUCCCCCAGACCAGAAACAAGAACCUGACCAAGCCCCAAUGGACUCUGCAUAUGCACGCUUACUACAGCAACAACAGCUGUUUCUGCAGCUACAGAUACUCAGCCAACAGCAACAGCAGCACUACAACUUCCAGACCAUCCUGCCUGCGCCUCUCAAGCCUGUGAUAGAGGGCCAAAACAGCAGUGCCACAGUCGCUAUCAACAGCACCAGCAGCCUUCCUGCCUCUAUUGUGGUGUCUCUGCCCACAGCAACACCUGUGCGGCCCAACAGCACCGUGUCCAAUCGCAAGGCUGGCACACUUCCAGCCAGGCUGGAGGAAAUGAAGGUAGCAGAGCUGAAAAUGGAGUUAAAGUUACGUGGUCUUCCUGUGUCGGGAACAAAAAUGGACCUUAUUGAACGUCUUAAGCCUUUCCAAGAUAACCCCGUCACUGCUGCACCCAUCAACUACAGUGGACCUAACACAAAGCCCUGUGGCACACUUAUGGAUGUAUCCAGCACCACUACAACCCUCUUUCCCUACCAGCUACCCUCUGAAAACAUGAGCUCCACACCACCCAUGUCCCCUGGUUCCUCGGAACUUCAAAGCAGAGAGGAGGCAUGCAUGGAGGGUCAGGCUGAGGCCCAGAACUGCAUCAGCAACAAUGUGGUUAAGGCAGCUCUUGCUCCCAAGGAGCAGGACCAAAGACUACACGAAAAGGAACGGCAGAUCAAGGAGCUGCUGCGUAAACUGGAGCAGGAGCAGAAGCUGGUGGAAGAGCUGAAGAUGCAGCUAGAGGUGGAGAAAAGAAGCGGACAGACCGCCUCACCUGUAGAAAGUAAUACAAUUUCCAGCCCAGCCAUCAUGUUGGCCUCUGUGAAAACAGAAAGUACUGUUCCUGCCAACUGCACUCUGGGUUCACACACUACACCGAUGCUAGUGACACACCCCACCCAGGUGACACCUGCACCCCUCCCUCAGUUCAUUAUCAGUCACCAAGGGGUGCAACAGGUUAUAGGACAGCCCCAGACUCUUCUCACCACUCAACAUGGGGGCACUCAGAUACUUUUUCCAAUGCCCCUGGCAAAUAAUACCACUACCAUCCAGGUGCCGAACACUAAUGUCAAACUACAGCCAGUUUUGCAGGCUACUGUCUCCCCAUCUGGGCCAGGUCUCAUUCAGACCACCCAGCCACAGCCUGUCAAAGCAGAGAGUCCUACAUCACAGCAGCUAGUCAGUCACAACCACAUCAGAAUGAAUGAGGUCAGUCCUCAUUCAUGCAUCAAUAACCUCCCUUUGGACACCUGUGAGGGGUCAGUUUUCCAACAUGGUGCCAGUGAGAACCCAGCACUGGAGAUGCCUCACCAUUUCCUGAGCAGCUUCCCACAGUAUAGGAUCUCUCCUCGGGCAUUCCCAAUUCCACCCUCCCUUAUCAAUGGGCCACUAAAUAAGUCCCCCUUCAUCCAGAAACCCUCAGCUUUCAGCCAGAUGCCCAAAAACAGAGAGCCGCCCUGCUAUGAGGAGGCCGUCAAACAGACCCGCAACCUACAGAAUCCUGCAGUCACAGAGAUUCCAACAGCAACGAGUCAACAGAUGGAUGAUCUCUUUGACAUUUUAAUAGAAAGUGGAGAAAUCACCCCCUUUAUUCAACAGGACCAGUCUGUGUCUAAGAUGAUGCCUGUCACUGCUUGCAUCACCACUCUGCCUAUUAACACCGCCCUGUCCCGGCCGCCUGCCCAGGUGCAAAUGGCACCCCCACCUGCUCUCAUAGUGGAGCCCAUGCCCAGCCUAGCCUACCUGGACUCUGACAACCAGGUGGAGGCUCUGCUAGAGGGCACAUUGGUUGGGAACACAGAGCCUGAGCAGAGGACUUUGGGCCUGUUGGAGGAGCUGCAAAACCAGAUCCUGGAGCACCCAAACUCCCCAAUGGACACAUCCGAGCUGGGUUUCUCUGACUCACCUCCUCCUCUCUCCUUCAGUUUGCAGGAAACUGAUCUGGACAACAUGGAGUGGCUGGACCUUACUAUGCCCGGGCUCAUUGGCAGACUCAACCCACUGGGCAUCACCUCUGAAUUCCUAGACAUGCAUGAACUGCAUCUACACUGGGACUGAGAGGAA